UAGGAUUCAAUUUUUUUAUGCUGUAAGGAAGUUAUUUUUUCUUAAGACAAGGACUUCUGGAUUGAGCCAUUGGAAUAAGUAAAGACAUCGUAAAAUAGAAAUGAAGAUAACUGGUCUCUUGGUCAUCUCAUUAUGGAGUCUCUGCUGGGCUCAUCCUGUAUCCAGAUACCCAGGUGCACACCACAGCAACUCCAAAGAACACUGGUCUAUUUCAGUUGAAGAAGGCUUGAACAAGAGAGCUGACUCUACAGAUCUUAGUGAUGAAGAUGCAGAAAACAGACUAAGCUCAAGCACAGAAGACAGAAGAAGAGAUCUUGGCGGCAACAGCUGUGAAAGUUGUGAAAGCAACAGCUUUCCCAGGGAGGUUUCCAGCAGAAGCCUUGAGAGCUUUUCAGAAGAUGAUCAUCAAUGGAGCACUCAGGACAAUGAAGAGGGAGCUUAUUUUGGACAUCAGAUGGUCUACAGGAAAAGGGCAGGCAACAAGGAUUCCAACUAUCACCGAAAGGAAAUAAAUAAGGAGAGUUCUGAUGAUGAAUCUGCUGGCAGAACAUCAUUGGAGGACCAAAGUGAAGGUCACCUUUUUGGGCCUAACAAAAUAUCCAAAGAACAGUUUGAUGUUGAGAAUGACGGCAUGGUUUAUACCCCAGAACAAGUCCUUUAUACUUUUGUGGAGAGAGGAGGAAGUGACCUAACAGCUGAAGAAGAUAUCAGUGGUGAUGACUCUUUAGAUGGAAAUAACGAUGAAGACCCUGGGUACACCAAAUCUCCAAGUGAAGUAGAUGCUCUGCAACCUCCAGCAACUCAUGGAGAACAGGAUGGUGGUCAUACCAGAGGUCGACAUUCUGAUGAUAGUAGCAGCAGUAGCAGUAGUAGCAGUGAAAGCAGAAACCUUGAGAAAGAGGACAACCACAUUAUUGAUUAUGGCAGAAGGCAUGGAAGGGAUAGUUACAGUAGCAGCCAAGAGGAUGGAUAUGAUUUUCAAAGUGAAGAAAUGCAAGGAGACGAGCCAAGGACUUUUGAGAGCCACGGCAGUGAUUCCCACAUGCUUCCUGAGGCUAUUCAUUCAAAAGAAAGCAGCCAAGAAACCCAUAGCAGUAGCAAAACAGUAGAACAUUUUGAAAGGAAACCGAUUCAUUAUGUUGAUGGUGAUUCAGAUGAAGAUAACAGCCCUGAAUAUGAACAGAACAAAGCCUUGAAAGAAGAUGAUGAUAAUUCUGAGGCAGACAGCCAACUUGUAGAAGAUAUUAGUCAAUCAACAGAAAAUGUUCCCAGUCAAUCCAGAGAAGAUGAAACCAGUCAUUCUGGGAAGUCUAUAGAGAGCUCAUCCAGGGAACAAUCUAGAGAGAACCUUAACAGUCAUUCUACAGAAGAUAUGCAUAGCCAAUCCCAAGGAGAUGAUAAGCACAGCCGGUCCAGGGAGCAUGAUAAGCACAGCCGGUCUAGGGAAGAUGGUAAGAAUAGCCAGUCCACAGAAGAUGAUAAGCACAGUUGGUCCCAAGAAGAUGCAACCAGAGGGCACAGUCAGAGCCAGUCUAAAGAGAACACGAGCAGCCAUUCCAGAGAAGACAAACAUAGCCAAUCACGAAAAGAUGAUGUUCAUAGUCAGUCCAUAGAACUUUCUAGCCAAUCAGGAGAGAAUGAAGACACAGCAUCUGAAGAAGAUGUAAAGAGUGACUCCAUUGAAGAUACCAGAAGCUCCCAAGAAAAAGUUGUGCAAAAGUCUAAAGAGACAGAAGAGGAAUCAAACGAGCGCAAUCCUAGCAAAUCUCAGGAGAGUCACUCUGUUGAAAAAUCAGGAAACAUGCCACCAAGAGCCGCUGAAUCCAGAGAAUUCAAGUGGCAUCACAGCAGAUCAAGUGAGAAGAGCUCUUCUAUGGAAGAGAGCGAAGAGUCAGCUGAAGACACAAAAGAAUCCGUUGAGGACGACAGCAGAUUGUCUCAAAGUGCAUCAUCUGAGAGCAGCAAAGUAUCUGAAGAAAGUGCCAGCAGUGAUGACAGUAAUUCAAAUGAAGGGCAAGAUCAGCAAAGCAGUUCAUCAGAAACCAGUGAAUCCAAAGAGGAAGUCAGCAAUUCUAUUGAAAGACCCAGUAAAUCCAGAGAGGAUACUAUGAGCCAGUCUGACAGCAUGGAAGAUAGCAGUUGGUCAAGAAGCAAGGAGCUCGAAAGCCGAAAACUAAUGCUUGACUUUUACCAUAACAAACCCUUUAGUGAUUAUGAUGAUAACGAUUGCCAGGAUGGGUAUUAAUUUAAUGCACAAAAAAACAAAGAAAGCCAACUUUGUAUGGUAGUCGGAGGUCAGGAUUCUUUCUUUUAAUUUAUUUAAUUGUUUUAGAAAUGUGAAAGUUGACAGGUAGAAAUGAUAAUUCUAGAAGAACCAGGGGCUCCAAUGAAGCACAAAUGCACCUGAGAAAUGUCAAAGAAGAUGAAAUCAGUUUCUGCAAGAUUUGACACGCAUUGAUUGCUGUAGAAUUAAGUUCAAAGAAAAAUAUCAGUUAAAGCUAUUUCUCAGAAUAAACAAUUGAGGAAUUUUGCAGAAACUGAGAGUUUGUAUAACAGUGGCAGCUGCCAGUAGAUUUCCUUCAGAAAUUCUUUCAGCUGUCAUUUAAGAUUUUUUUAGAGGCCGAUAUUCAUUUCUUUCACAUAGGCCUACUUAAAAAAAAACAGUUUACACACAUGCACAUAUGUGUUCACAACAAUCCAAAGAUAUGUGGUUGACUGCUGUUUUAAAUUGUGUCUAUGAUCAAUUUAAUAGGAAGUUUUCCCUUUAAAUAUACAGGGUCCCCCCCCCCAUUAUUAUUAUUUUUUGAUGCAUGGAUGCCCCUGCCCCCAAAUUUGCACUCCUGAAAUCUGGUGGCACAAUACAGAUUCUCUCAUACCAACCAACAACAAAUUUUUGGGACAAAGUCUCAAUUCUUUGUCAUGAUGUCAACAGAUUAUCAGCACACUUCCUAUAGGUUUGGAAGAAGAAGAGGAAUAACAUGUUAAUGACAUAGGUACAUUUGUGUAUUAAGAUUAGACUCAAAGGCUUGUGACUAAGUGGCACUUAAAGAAAUUUAGUUACUACAGGGAUGGCACAAAAGGAGACAAAGAGAAUAUGUGUUCCAAUGCACGUCAGCUGGUCUGCAGCCUUAGAAAUAUCAUUAAUAAUAUGGGAUGUAUGAAUAUUUUGUGAUAAAUGUAUAGCUGUAUUGGAAAAUAUUAUAUUUUAAUCCCUCCUUUUUAUACAAGUGGACUUAAAUUAAAAAAUAAAGCAAUCCUCUUCUUAGCAAUAAAAGUUUUUUAAAAAC